AUGGCCCGCGGUAGCACCAGCAAACCCAAGCCGAGCAAGUAUGCCGAACUUGACGACGGCAUCCUCGACGAGGACUCGGAGGAGGACGAGUUUGCCAACUACAAGGCAUCGGUCAAGAAGGCGUCCAAGGGCCGUCAACCUCCUUCCGACGAUGAGGAUGAGGAUGACGAGGAGAUGAUGGACGAGGACGACGAUGAGGACGAGGACAUGGACUCGAACGACGAGCGACUCAUGUACGAAGACUCGGACGACGAGGGCGACGGCGUGGGCGUGUACGAGCCCGACGAGUGGGAUGGAGGUGCCGACUAUUCGAGCUCUGAGGACGAGGAUGAGGAUGACGAGCGUGCCCAGAUGAAGAAGCUUCAAAAGGGCCUCGGCUCCAUUCCGCUCGACACCCUCAUGAAGGCGCAGCGGAGCAUGAAGAAGAGCACCAAGUCGACUACGUCGCAGCAGGCCUCGUACUCGGACUCGGAGGACGACAAUGCCGGCGGUAUGACCGAGCGCGAGCGUAAGGUCGCGGCCAUGAAGGCUCGUCUUGCUGGCCUGCAGCGCGCAAAGGGCAAGGCGCUCGACGUUGAGGUUGGCGACGACGACGAGGCUGGACCAAGCCGUAAGCGUGGGCCCAGGUUCGACCCCGAGUCGGAUGACGAGCGCAAGAGUGGACGUCCGGCCAAGCGCGACAACAAGCAUGCGCCCACGGCAAUCAGCACCAAGCGCCAAGUCACGCGUCACCGCCAGGUCGUCGACAUUCCCAAGGUCGACCGCCGCGACCCGCGAUUUUCCUCCCUGUCCGGUGGACCUGUCGACGCCCACAUCCAUGCCCGUGGAUACGCCUUCAUGCCCGACUUGCUCAAGACUGAGCUCAAGAACCUGCGUGCGUCCGUCGCCGCUGCUGGCAAAGCCGAGCGCGCGUGCAAGCUCUCCGACAAGCCCAGGUACACCGCCGAGAGGGAGAGGCUGGAGAAGGAGAUGGCGAGGGUGCGCACCCGCUUGGAGAAGAAUGAGCGCGAGGCAAGGGAGAGGGAGGUGCUUGCCAAGGCCAAGGGAGAGGAGAGGGAGAAGCGUGCUUCGGGCAAGGGUGCUUGGUACAUGAAGAAGUCCGAGAAGAAGGACCUGCUCCUCAAGGCCCGCUUCGCCGCCCUCGAGGAGAAGGGUGGCAAGCAUGCCGUCAAGAAGGCUGUCGACAAGAAGCUCAAGAAGGUCGCGGGCAAGGAGAAGAAGAGCAGGCCGUUUGUCCGUGGUGGUGGUGCACCAGGAGGUGGUGGUGGCGAUGGAGGCCACCAGCGUCGUAGGGUUUAG